GGAGGAGAAUUGUGGGAUCCUGGACUCUCUGACCCUGCAGCUUGUUUUGGCUCCUUGACUCAAGAAGGAUGAAAGAGACUGAUCCUUCAAACCUAGCAAGGAUGGAAGGGGGAAGAUGGACGGUGGACCUGGUCAGAUUGUCUCCUGCAUCCCUCCCCACAACCUCUGAGCGUUCCCUCCCAGGGACCUCCAAGAGAUCUGAUGGUGAUGAAUUAGAAGAGAAGAACAAGGGGGACCACAACAGAAUCCACAUAGGGGAGAAGUCAAAUAAAUAUUCAGAGUGUGGAGAGAACAUCCGAGAGAGCUCCCAGUCCACCUCCCAUCAAAGAAAGAGCUUCAUUCGGAGGGAUAGGCUCACUUCACACAAAAGAACUCACAGUGGAGAGAAAAUGUAUGAGUGCUUGGACUGUGGGAAGAGCUUCAGUAAGAAGAGAAAUCUAACUUCCCAUCAAAGAAUUCAUACAGGGGAGAAACCCUAUCAGUGCUUGGAAUGUGGAAAGGGCUUUCGCCAGAGGGGUAGUCGCAAUUCCCAUCAAAGAAUUCAUACAGGGGAGAAACCCUAUCAUUGUUUGGAAUGUGGAAAGAGCUUCAGUCAGAGGAGCAGUCUCACUUCCCAUCAAAGAAUUCAUACAGGGGAGAAACCUUAUCAGUGCUUGGAAUGUGGAAAGAGCUUCAGUCGGAAGGAUUCUCUCACUUCCCAUCACAGAAUUCAUACAGGGGAGAAAGCCUAUCAGUGUUUGCAAUGCGGAAAGUGCUUCAGUCAGAGGAGCAGUCUCACUUCCCAUCAAAGAAUUCAUACAGGGGAGAAACCUUAUCAAUGCUUGGAAUGUGGAAAGAGCUUUUGUGAGAGGGGUGAACUCACUUCCCAUCACAGAAUUCAUACAGGGGAGAAAGCCUAUCAGUGUUUGCAAUGCGGAAAGUGCUUCAGUCAGAGGAGCAGUCUCACUUCCCAUCAAAGAAUUCAUACAGGGGAGAAACCCUAUCAAUGCUUGGAAUGUGGAAAGAGCUUUCGUGAGAGGGGUGAACUCACUUCCCAUCACAGAAUUCAUAUAGGGGAGAAACCCUAUCAAUGCUUGGAAUGUGGAAAGAGCUUCAGUCGGAAGGAUUAUCUCACUUCCCAUCAAAGAAUUCAUACAGGGGAGAAACCAUAUCAGUGUUUGCAAUGUGGAAAGUGCUUCAGUCAGAGCAGCAAUCUCACUUCCCAUCAAAGAAUUCAUACAGGGGAGACACCCUAUCAGUGCCUGGAAUGUGGAAAGCGCUUCAGACAGAGCUCAGAGCUCACUUCCCAUAAAAGAAUUCAUUCAGGGGAGAAACCCUAUCAGUGCCUGGAAUGUGGAAAGAGCUUCAGUCUCAGGCAGAGUCUCACAUCCCAUCAAAGAAUUCAUACAAGGGAGAAACCCUAUCAGUGCUUGCAAUGUGGAAAGAGAUUCAGUCAGAGCAACUCUCUCACUUUCCAUAAAAGAAUUCAUACAGGUGAGAAACCCUAUCAGUGUUUGGAAUGUGGAAAGAGCUUCAGUCUCAGGCAGAGUCUCACAUCCCAUCAAAGAAUUCAUACAGGGGAGAAACCCUAUCAGUGCUCGGAAUGUGGAAGAAGCUUCAGUCACAACCACAGUCUCACUUGUCAUCAAAGAAUUCAUAAAGGGGAGAAACCCUAUCAGUGCUUUGAAUGUGGAAAGCAGUUCAGAGCGAGCUCAGAGCUCACUUGCCAUCAAAAAAUUCAUACAGGGGACAAACCUUUUCAGUGCCAGGAAUGUGGAAAGAGCUUCAGUCAGAGCGCCAGUCUCACUUCCCAUCAAAGAAUUCAUACAGGUCAGAAACCAUAUAAAUGCUUCCAAUGUGGAAAGAGCUUCACUCACAGCAGCAGUCUCACUUUGCAUCAAAGAAUUCAUACAGGGGAAAAACCCUAUCAGUGCCUGGAAUGUGGAAAGAGCUUUAGUGAGAGUGGAAAACUCACUUCCCAUCGAAGAAUUCAUACAGGGGAGAAACCCUAUCAAUGCUUGGAAUGUGAAAAGAGCUUCACCCAAAGGGGCCAUCUCAAGACCCAUCAAAUAGUUCAUACUGGGGAGAAACCCUAUCAGUGCCAGGAAUGUGGAAAGGCAUUUCGUGACAGGGGUAAACUCACAUCCCAUCAAAGAAUUCAUACAGGGGAAAAACCCUAUCAGUGCUUGGAAUGUAGAAAGAGCUUCAGUCGGAGGGAUAGUCUCACUUCCCAUCAAAGAGUUCAUAAAGGGGAGAAACCCUAUCAGUGCUUUGAAUGUGGAAAGAGCUUCACUCACAGCAACAGUCUCACUUUGCAUCAAAGAAUUCAUACAGGGGAGAAACCCUAUCAGUGCUUGGAAUGUGGAAAGAGCUUUAGUGAGAGUGGAAGACUGACAUCCCACCAAAGAAUUCAUACAGGGGAAAAACCCUAUCAAUGCUUUGAAUGUGGAAAGAGCUUCAGUCAAAGCAGCAAUCUCACUUCCCAUCAAAGAAUUCAUACAGGGGAGAAACCCUAUCAGUGCUUGGAAUGUGGAAAGAGCUUUCGUGAGAGGGGUGAUCUCACUUCCCAUCACAAAAUUCAUACAGGGGAGAAACCCUAUCAGUGCUUGGAAUGUGGAAAGAGCUUCAAAUGGAAGAGCUUCAGUCGGAGGGAUAGUCUCGCUUUGCAUCAAAAAAUUCAUAAAGGGGAGAAAAAAUUUCAAUGCCAUGAAUGUGGAAAGGACUUUCGUCAACGUGUCCAUCUCAUAUCCCAUGAAAGAAUUCAUACAGGUCAGAAACCAUAUCAAUGCUUUGAAUGUGGAAAGAGCUUCAGUCACAGCAGCGGUCUAACUUCCCAUCACAGAAUUCAUACAGGGGAGAAACCCUAUCAGUGUUUGGAAUGUGGAAAGAGCUUCAGUCACAGCCACGGUCUAACUUCCCAUCAAAGAAUUCAUACAGGGGAGAAACCCUAUCAAUGCUUGGAAUGUGGGAAGAGCUUUCGUGAGAGGAGUAAACUCACUUCCCAUCACAGAAUUCAUACAGGGGAGAAACCCUAUCAAUGCUUGGAAUGUGGAAAAAGCUUUCGUCAGAGGGGUGAUCUCACUUCCCAUCAAAGAAUUCAUACAGGGGAGAAACCCUAUCAAUGCUUGGAAUGUGGGAAGAGCUUUCAUAAGAGGGGUAAACUCACUUCCCAUCAAAGAAUUCAUACAGGUGAGAAACCCUAUCAAUGCUUGGAAUGUGGAAAGAGCUUUCGUGAGAAGGGUGAACUCACUUCCCAUCGCAGAAUUCAUACAGGUGAGAAACCCUAUCAAUGCUUGGAAUGUGGAAAGAGCUUUCGUGAGCAGGGUGAACUCACUUCCCAUCAAAGAAUUCAUACAGGGGAGAAACCCUACCAGUGCUUGGAAUGUGGAAAGAGCUUUCGUCAGAGCAGCAAUCUCACUUCCCAUCACAGAAUUCAUACAGGGGAGAAACCCUACCAGUGCUUGGAAUGUGGAAAGAGCUUUCGUCAGAGGGGUGAACUCACUUCCCAUCAAAGAAUGCAUACCGGAGAGAAACCCUAUCAGUGCUUGGAAUGUGGAAAGAGCUUUCGUCAGAGGGCUGAACUCACUUCCCAUCAAAGAAUUCAUACAGGGGAGAAACCCUAUCAGUGCUUGGAAUGUGGAAAGCGCUUCAGAUGGAAGAGAAAUCUAAUUUCCCAUCAAAGAAUUCAUACAGGGGAGAAACCCUAUCAGUGCUUGGAAUGUGGGAAGAGCUUCAGUCAGAGCCACAGUCUCACUUACCAUCAAAGAAUUCAUACAGGGGAGAAACCCUAUCAAUGCUUGGAAUGUGGAAAGAGCUUUCGUCAGAGGGAUAAACUCACUUCCCAUCAAAGAAUUCAUACAGGGGAGAAACCCUAUCAAUGCUUGGAAUGUGGAAAAUGCUUCCGUGAGCGGGUAAAUCUCACUUUCCAUCAAAGAAUUCAUACAGGGGAUAAACCUUUUCAAUGCCAUGAAUGUGGAAAGGACUUUCGUCAACGUGCCCAUCUCAUGACCCAUCAAAGAAUUCAUACAGGUCAGAAACCAUAUCAAUGCUUUGAAUGUGGAAAGAGCUUCAGUCACAGCCACGAUCUCACUUUACAUCACAGAAUUCAUACAGGGGAGAAACCCUAUCAGUGCUUGGAAUGUGGAAAGAGCUUUCGUGAGAGGGGUAAACUCACUUCCCAUCACAGAAUUCAUACAGGGGAGAAACCCUACCAAUGCUUGGAAUGUGGAAAGAGCUUUCGUCAGAGGUGUGAUCUCACUUCCCAUCACAAAAUUCAUACAGGGGAGAAACCCUAUCAAUGCUUGGAAUGUGGGAAGAGCUUCAGUCACAGCCACUAUCUCACUUACCACCAAAAAAUUCACACAGGGGAGAAACCUUAUCAGUGCUUCGAAUGCGGAAAGAGUUUCAGGUGGAAGGUGAGUUUCACCUCCCAUCAAAUAAUUCAUACAGGGGAGAAACCCUAUCAGUGCUUGGAAUGUGGAAAGAGAUUCAGUCAGAGUGCCAAUCUCACUUCCCAUCACAGAAUUCAUACAGAGGAGAAACCCUAUCAGUGCUUGGAAUGUGGAAAGAGCUUCAGUCAGAAGGCCCAUCUCACUUCCCAUCAAAAAAUUCAUACGGGGGAGAAACCCUAUCAGUGCUUGGAAUGUGGAAAGAGCUUCAGUCAGAAGGCCCAUCUCACUACCCAUCAAAGAAUUCAUACAGGGGAGAAACCCUAUCGGUGUUUGGAAUGUGGAAAGAGCUUCAGUCACAGCCACGAACUCACUUUACAUCACAGAAUUCAUACAGGGGAGAAACCCUAUCAGUGCCUGGAAUGUGGAAAGAGCUUCAGUCUCAGGCAGAGUCUCACUUCCCAUCAAAGAAUUCAUACAAGGGAGAAACCCUAUCAGUGCUUCGAAUGUGGAAACUGCUACAGUCAGAAGGCCCAUCUCACUACCCAUCAAAGAAUUCAUACAGGGGACAAACCCUAUCAGUGCUUGGAAUGUGGAAAGAGCUUCAUUCAGAGCAACAAUCUCAAAUCCCAUCAAAGAAUUCAUACAGGGGAGAAACCUUAUCAGUGCUUGGAAUGUGGAAAGAGCUUCAGUCAGAGUGCCAAUCUCACUUCCCAUCAAAAAAUUCAUACAGGGGAGAAACCCUAACAGUGCUUGGAACGUUAAACGAACUAAUAAUAAAAACAGAUACAGGUAGGUAGCCGUGUUGUUGUGCCAUA